AUGGCCAGCCCUCCGAACGACUUUGAAAUCCAGGUUGCUGCUGAUGAGCAGCAGGAUGAUAGCCAUUCUGAUAUUGAAAGCGUCACCGCCUCAUCAACGACUAGUCUUCGAGAAUCCGUCGUAGACUACCUUGUGGAGAAUGGACGCACAUAUCAUCGAUAUAAGGAAGGCAACAUGGUUCAUGCCUUGUGGCUUCUGACGUUGGACGAUAAGCUUGGUCUCGCCCCUCCAUGUGAUAAGGAUGCCAAGGUCGGCCGAGUCCUGGACAUAGGCACAGGCACUGGAAUAUGGGCUAUCAACUUCGCGGACGAGCACCCAGAAUCUGAGGUUCUUGGGAACGAUCUUUCACCUAUUCAGCCCAGCGACGUCCCGCCCAACGUGAGGUUUGAGGUGGAUGAUAUCGAGGAUGAGUGGACAUAUUCGCGACCAUUUGACUACAUCCACAGCCGAGUGAUGACAUCAAGUGUUGCGGACUGGCCUCAAUACCUGAAGAAGUGCUACGACAAUCUUCAACCCGGCGGCUAUCUCGAGCUUCAGGAGCUCGAUCUCUUCCCUUCAUGUGACGAUGGAACCCUUACAAAGGACAGUCCAUUGAUGAAGUGGGCGGACCUAUUGUAUGGCGCUUCGGUCAAAUUUGGCCGCCCUUACUUAGAAAUUUCCACCUUAAGGAAGGCUAUGAUUGAGGCUGGCUUUGAGGACGUUACUAUGAGCACCUAUAAAUGGCCUUCGAACUCCUGGCCAAGAGACGUCCAUUUCAAGGAGCUUGGGAUGUGGCAGAGGGAAAACAUGCUCAGUGGGCUGGACGGGUUCACUCUAGCCCCUCUGACGCGUGCCCAUGACUGGUCACCUGCGGAAGUCAGCGUCUUCCUCAUCGACGUUCGAAAGGUCAUCAACGACAGAAACAUUCACGCCUACUGGCCAAUUUACUUCAUCGUCGGCCGGAAGCCGCUGAAGGAGGAGAAGUAG